UUGUUGACAUUGACGUUGACAUGCAUAAAAUUGUAUCAACUUACAGAGAUUAUUAUAUGCGGAUCAGAACUCAGAAGCCAUAAACGUCUGUUUAUCUUUGGUUCGUCUCUGAGUUCUCUCUUCCUUUUGUCGCAUUUCUAACAAGCUAGAGUUCUCCUACUCAGCAACAAGAAGCGUUUUACAUUUACAAGAUCAUUUAUUCUGGAGGAGACUUUUCGUCGCCAUUCGUCAAAAGAACCAUCCUCUGUUUCACGUCAAUCUGUUACAGUGAUCAUGUCUUCUUCCACCACUUUCGUGUUCCUUUUCCUUUUCUCCUUUCUCAUAAGCUUGAGAGUUUCGGCUCAAGAUCCCACUUACGUAUCCCAUGUCUGUCCAAAUACCGCAACUUAUACACGGAACAGCACUUCCUUCACCAAUCUCCGAACCCUUUUGUCUUCUCUCUCUUCUCCCAACGCUUCCUACGCCACCGGAUUCCAAAACGCCACCGUCGGGGAACCUCCCGACAGAGUCACCGGAUAUUUCACUUGCUUUGGCGUCUCGCCUGAGCUUUGCCGUAGAUGUGUUGCCUUUGCCGUGGAGGACACCUUGAUUCGGUGUCCGAAUAAGAAAGAGGUCGUGCUCAGUUACGAACAGUGUAUGCUCAGCUACACUUUCUUCAGAGAUUCUGUGCCAGCUCCUAGUUACGUAUACCAUGUAUGUCCAAGUACGGCAACUUAUACAAGGAACAGCUCUUACUUCACCAAUCUCAUAACCCUUUUGUCCUCUCUCUCCUCCCAAGCCUCUCUCUCCAACGGUUUCCAAAACGCAACAGCUGGGGAAGCCCCUGACAUACUCACCGGACUUUUCCUCUGCCGAGGAGACCUCUCGACAGAAGUUUGCCGCAGAUGUGUUGUCUUUGCUGUCAGUGACACCUUUACUCGGUGUCCGAACGAGAAAGAGGUGACGCUCUAUUACGACGAUUGUAUGCUCAGAUACUCUAACCGGUAUAUUCUCUCGACCCUUAACACCAACGGAGGCAUCAUCUUGGUCAACACUCAGAACAUUACGUCGAACCAAAUUGGGUUGUUCAGAGAUUUGGUCUUGUCCACCAUGAACCAAGCGGCCACCGAUGCAUCCGUCAGUCCUGGGAGAUUCGCUACUGGAAAGGCUAACUUCACAGCGUUCCAGACUUUGUAUGGGCUGGUUCAGUGCACUCCUGAUCUGACGACACAACAGUGUUUGCGCUGUCUAAAUCUGACCAUCAAUCAAUUGCCCACUGACCGAAUCGGGGGAAGAAGUGUUGUGCCGAGCUGUAAUUCAAGAUACGAGCUUUACCUGUUUUACAACGAAUCCGACAUUGGAUCACCUAAACCUCAGCUCGAUUCAGCUCCUCCACCACAGCCAAUUUCAAUUCCUUCACCAAAGCCGGGAGAAGGCGGAAACUCCACUGUCAUUGUCAUAGCUGUUGUUGUUCCAGUCACUGUUAUUUUUCUGCUUCUCGUAGCUGUUUUCAUUUUCCGGGCAAAGAGAAAAACGACAGCUUAUGAAACUGAACCACUAGCUGAUGGGGACGAUAUUACAACUGCAGGCUCACUUCAGUUUGAUUUUAGGGCAAUCGAGGCAGCAACGGAUAAGUUUUCCGAAAGCAACAAACUCGGUCAAGGUGGUUUUGGCCAAGUCUACAAGGGAACAUUUCCUAGUGGAGUACAAGUUGCGGUGAAGAGGCUAUCAAAGACAUCAGGACAAGGUGAAAGAGAAUUCGAAAAUGAAGUUGUUGUUGUGGCAAAGCUUCAGCACCGAAAUUUGGUAAGGCUGCUUGGUUUUUGUUUGGAAGGAGAGGAAAAGAUACUUGUCUAUGAAUAUGUGCCCAACAAAAGCCUCGAUUACUUUCUCUUUGAUUCUACAAUGCAAAGCCAGCUAGACUGGAAAAAAAGAUACAAGAUCGUUGAAGGAAUUGCUAGAGGGAUUCUAUAUCUUCAUCAAGAUUCACGACUCACCAUCAUACAUCGUGACCUUAAAGCGGGUAAUAUUCUCUUAGACGCAGAUAUGAACCCGAAAGUUGCUGAUUUUGGAAUGGCGAGAAUUUUUGGAAUUGACCAAACAGAAGCCAAUACAAGAAGAGUAGUUGGAACCUAUGGUUACAUGUCUCCAGAGUAUGCAAUGUAUGGCCAAUUCUCCAUGAAAUCAGAUGUUUAUAGUUUUGGGGUUUUAGUUCUUGAGAUUAUAAGCGGCAAGAAGAACAGUAACCUCUAUCAAAUGGAUGGUAGUGCUGCCAAUUUGGUUACAUAUACUUGGAGAUUAUGGAGCAAUGGAUCACCAUUAGAGCUAGUGGAUCCGUCCUUUCAAGAAAACUAUCAAACAAACGAAAUUACCAGGUGCAUCCAUAUUGCUUUGCUGUGUGUUCAAGAAGAGGCUGAAGAUCGUCCAACUAUGUCAGCCAUCCUCCAGAUGCUCACUACUAGUUCCAUCUCUCUUGCCGUACCUCGACCACCAGGAUUUUUCUUCCGAAGCAGGCAUGAACAAGCAGGGAGAGCAGAUCCAGCAAUGGAUAUGUCUGCUCUCUUUUCCGUUAAUGAUGCUUCCAUUACUAGUGUCGCUCCUCGUUAAAGAUAAAAGGAAUGCAUCGAUGUUAAAGUUAUGAUAUAUGAUCGAAGAAAGUAUUGUGCAUCGACAGUGAACAAAGAGUCUUCUAUGCUAAAGCUGUUUCCAUUUUUCAUAUUAAUUAUGUGCCCGGAAAGAAAGUUAAUGAUAUUCUGUUUUAAUA